AUGUGUCCCACGUGCGGCAUCUGCAUCGAGUCCCUGCGCCGGCGGGCGCCUCCGGUGGCCACGCUGUGCGGUCACGUGUUCCACGGGCCCUGCCUGGCCCAGUGGUGUGAAGCGAAGGGAGCCACGGACGCCCCAUGCCCUCAGUGCCGGCUGCCCAUCAACCAGGGGGACUUGCGCAGGCUUUUCCUGGACGACCAUCGGCCCCGCCGCAAGAAGCACCACCGCCACCACGACAGCGCAAAGGACGAUGUAGAGGACGCGACGUUCGCUGUCCCGGAAGACUUCUCGACAGAGGAGGCCUCCGGCACCAGGUCUCCGUCGCCUUCGGUGAACGAGACUUGGGUGUUCCCUCCUGAGCCAGCAACGUUCCUCGACCGCAUUCUGAUGAUCGUGGCAGACGUGAACUCGAUGGGCCGUGAGGCUGCUCAAAAAAUCAAGCUCAGCGUGCAGAUGCUGGAAGAAGAGGUUCGCAGGGGCGUCGAAGAAGCCGCCAUUCGCCUGGGCUCCUGUCGCUAGCGCCGGAAGCUCGCCCCUUUGUCAACCGCUGCCUAGUUUGCACACAAAUUUGCUCUCGAAGUGCAUACAAUUUGUAUUAUCGCUGCAACGUGACACUAUGUUACUGCUGCCUGGGCCGGCUACUACAGUUGUCCCCGCGCAUACUCAGUCGAGCGCUAGCUGUCGCGUUUUCAACAAAGCGUGAGAGAAAAAAGAACAACGGCUUUUUAGAAAGGGUGUUAGCGUGAGCCUGUACCUCUUUAUUAAUGUCUGCGUUGUUAAAACAGUGCACGAAACUCACGCUACGUGCUAACUUGUUGAAAUUAUCUUAUUCACGGGUCUCAUUUCCUUGUUGUUGUUUUUUUUUUUUUUUUAUGUUUUGCUGUUUAAUUUGCAAAAGUAGACGUAAAUCUUUGUUUCCAUUCGUUUGCAUCGAACCAUAUCCGCCUGAAUAUUAUGAAUGCUACGUUUCGGGCAUGGACAACUUGUAGGUUGCGGAUUAUUCCGAACCCGAAAUGCACAAUGUGAAUAUACAAUUGUGACAAGACAAUACACAAGUGUUUUUACCUGCCAGUUUCUGUGGGUGCAUUAAAACAUACACGGCGGCCGCAUUUCGAUAGGGGCGAAAUGCGAAAACACCCGUGUACUUAGAUUUAGAGGCACGUUAAAGAAACCUAGGUGGUCCAAAUUAUUCAGGAGUC